CUUGUGAUUGUGUGGGAUAGUAUAUAAGUCAAAAGCAGAUUGGAAACAGCGUGUAGUACUGCUUGAACAGUCCUUAGUAAGUAAGGAGGUUAGCAGAAAAGUGUUGCAAGAUGCAGGCUUUGGUUCUUUUCGCAUCCAUCAUAGCCGUAACGUCGGCCGGAGUAGUAUCUCUAGUUCCCGUGAGCUAUGUAGCCGAGGAAGUUCCGGUUACUAACCUGGUGCAAAACACGCAUGAAGGAUCAUACGGCUACAGUUAUGCCGGAGGUCCAUCCGCUAAGGAAGAAGUUAAGGGAGUCGACGGCGCCGUCCGUGGUGCCUACAGCUACAUCGACGCCAACGGAAUCGUUCAAUCAGCUCAGUACAUAGCUGACGACGCAGGCUUCCGCAUAGCCGCUACAAACGUGCCAACCGACGCUCAGGUCGGCGUCAACGUGCCCUACGAGACCCCUGAAGUGCAAGCCGCCAAAGCCGCUCACUUUGCUGAACACGCCAAAGCGAUCGCCGCCUUGGGACGCAAGAAACGCAGCCUCUCUUACGCAGCCUUCCCUACUGCUGUCUCCAAUCAGUAUCACAACCAGGAACACGAAUCUAUCAAGAUCGAGACUCCUGUCUACCAGCAAUACGCUGCCCAAGUACCGCUUACCUAUGCCGCUGAGUCUUACGUUCCGGUAGCACCAGCUACGUACGCUGUGUCCUCGGUACCUACUUCCGUCUCGCACCAGAGCCGUCUUCAGGUACACAACAGUCAGAACGUUGAGAUUUCUGCUCCUGUGGCUGUGCAUGCUGAACCAGUCGCUGUUCAUGCCGAACCAGUUGCUGUCGAGGCAGUUCGUGCUGCUCCAGUUGCCGUGCAUGCUGCACCGGUUGCUGUAUCUUCCCUGCCUACUGCAGUUUCCAGUCAGAGACGCUUCCAGGUUCACAAUAGCAAUAGAAUCGAAGUUCACUCUCCAAUUUAUUCCGGCGUCCAUGUUCAGCCGGCUGCUGCAGCUUUUCCCGAGGCUCCCGUGGCUGUGGAAAGUCCAGUAGAACUUGACUCGGUUGCUGUUGAGGCUGUCAGAACUGCUCCGGUCCAGGUCGCUGCUCCCGUAGCAGUGUCUUCUGUACCUACUGCAGUUUCCAGCCAGAGCAGGAGCCAGGUUCACAGCAGUACCAAGGUCGAAGUUCAAGCUCCUACUGCUUACGUUCAAGCCCCUGUCGUCGACUCUUACGGAUACGAAGUGCAAAACGAGAUCGUCGACGCACCUUCUGCUUAUGCUGCUUCAGUGGCUGUUCAUGCUGCUCCUGUUCAUGCCGUACAUGCAGUACCCACUGCUGUGUCUUCUCAGUCUCGCAGUCAAGUCCACUCCAGUCAGAAGGUCGAGGUUGCUGCUCCUGUCUACGCGUCUGAACAUCACGUCGGUCUUCACUACGCCCCUCAACUUCCUCUGGACACUCCUGAGGUCGCUGCUGCCAAGCAAGCUCAUGCUGAAGCUUAUGCUGCUGAGUUGGUCAAACAUCAGGGUUGGUAAGAACUUCUCAGCCGGAUUAGGACAUAUUCAUCUGGCUCCAUUUCUUCAUCGAGAGACUGACUGAUCAUAGGACCCAUAGGAUCCAUUAAACCGGUUCUAAAUGAUUUUAAUUAUGACGAAUGUACAUAAGAACCUGCUCCACUUUGCACCACUGCGAGAGUUCCGCGAGAGAGUAAAUAAUCGAAAUUCUCUUGCGGUAGCUUGCUACCCUAAAAAAACAAUUUUCAAAUUCCUCUUCUCGAGUUAUUAUGCAUUUCGAAAAUAUUGUGGUCUUCAUGUUGCGUCAUGUCACGAUCACUAACUUAUUUGUAAAUUGUAAAAAAAAAAACAGUAAUAAAUUCCUACGUAUAAUUAA